UGCUAAAAAUUAAGCAAACUAAUUCAGUAAUGGAGUACAGGGAUCAUUUUAAAAUGGUGGUAGUUCCCCUCAAAAUUGCUGACCCAGAGAUGUUAAAAGGAGUAUUUUUCAAUGGCCUCAAAGAAGAAAUUAGCUCAGAGUUGAAGUGUACCAGACUAGUGGGUUAACUGAUCUUAUGGACAAAGCUCUGCUUGUUGAACGGAAAAAUAUGACAUCAAAAAGGGGACGAAAUAAGGAAACUGACAUAAGAGGAUGGAUAAGUUCGUGAAUGAAUCCAUCCAAGGGUCAAUACAACGCGGAAGGAACUAUAGGGAAAUUUGUCACACCAAAAAUUCCUAUACUAGAGAAAGACAGUUCAGAAGCUCAACGUGAACCUUCUAGGGUGUUCAAUAAACAAUGGAAGGGAGGACCAAGACUUUCCCAAGCUGAACUACAUGAAAGAACUAGAAGAGGACUAUGUUUUAAAUGUGGGGGAAAAUGGAGUAAAGAACACCUAUGCAAAAUGAAAACUACCAGCUAAUCUUGGUGGAAUCAAUAGAAGAAAAUGAAGAAGGUGAACUGCAGGUGUUGGAUACAGGGGAGACUGACCCAGGAGGUGAAACCAACGAGAUGCAGUUAUCUAUUUUAAGUAAGGAAGGAAUGAAUACUUAUAACACUUUCAAAGUCAGGGUCCAGAUAAGGACUACGAGCCAACGCAAAUCAGUCAUAAUCCUCAUUGAUUCAGGUGAUACCCACAACUUCAUUUAUCAGAGUUUGGUUAAAGAUAUGGGGCUGAAUUACAAUGCAAACUCUGGGUUCAAGGUCAAGCUGGGAAAUGGAGAUUAUUUUGUAAAUAACGGAAAAUGUGAACAACUCCCAAUUCGGGUUCAAGGAUUAUGUAUUACUCAAGAUUUCUAUCUUUUGGAACUAGGAGGUACUGAUCUUGUGUUAGGAAUUGAAUGGUUGGCUAGCCUUGGUGAGGUACAGGUAAAUUUCAGUGAUUUAUCCAUCAAAUGGAAGGAGAAAGGGAAAGAUAAGAUGCUCAAGGGAGGUCUGGAGUUAAACAGAACCAAGGCAUCAUGGAAAUCCGUGCUACAGACUUUACAGCAAGAAGGAGAAGGGUACCUCAUUCAUUAUGAGGUAACUGAUUCCAGCAAGCAAGAUCAGGAACUUAGGAGGGAAUGGGAAGAGCUAAUAGGAGAAUUUCCUAAGGUUUUUCAGAAGCAGGUAGGUUUACUUCCUAAAAGAGCAUGUGACCAUGCUAUAAACAUCAAAGAAGGAGCACUGAUUCCAAAUUCCAAGCCAUAUCGAUAUCCUCAUUAUAAAAAAGAUGAGAUAGAAAAAUUGGUGAAUGAUAUGUUGAAUACUGGAAUUCUCAGACCCAGUACGAGCCCAUACAGCAGUCCAGUUAUUAUGGUCAAGAAGAAGGAAGGAGGCUGGAGAAUUUGCGGGGAUUACAGAGCCCUCAACAAAAUUACAAUCCCUGACAAGUUUCCUAUUUCUGUAAUUGAAGAACUGUUAGAUGAAUUGGGAGAAGCUCAUGUGUUUUCGAAGUUCGAUCUGAAAUCUGGUUACCAUCAGAUUCCGAUGAAGGAAAGUGACAUUCCUAAAACAGCCAUUAGAACCCAUGAAGGACAUUACGAGUAUGUGGUUAUGCCUUUUGGGUUAACCAACGCACCUUCUACUUUUCAAACUCUGAUGAACUACAUUUUGAAGCCAUAUUUGAGGAAAUUUGUCCUUGUUUUCUUUGACGAUAUACUGGUAUAUAGCAAAACUGUGGAAGAUCAUCGGGAACAUUUAAGGAAGGUGCUGAAAUUGCUUCAGGACAACCAGUUGGUGGUUAACAAAAAAGUGCUAUUUUGGGCAGAGAGAGCUCGCUUACUUGGGUCAUAUAAUAUCAGCUCAAGGGGUCUCGGCUGAUCCCAGUAAGAUACAAGACAUGCUACAUUGGAAUAUGCCUCAAGAUGUGAAAGGACUCCGAGGAUUUCUGGGGUUAACAGGUUAUUACAGGAGAUUCGUAAAAGGAUAUAGUAAAAUAGCAAAGCCACUCACAGACCUAUUGAAAAAGGGUGGAUUUAAAUGGACACAUGAGGCCACUAGUGCUUUUGACAGAUUGAAGACAGCAUGACUACAUUACCGGUGCUAGCUAACCCUGAUUUCAACAAAAUGUUCAUAAUCGAGAUUGAUGCUUCGGGACAAGGGAUAGGGGUUGUUUUGAUGCAAGAUGACAGACCUAUUGCUUAUAUGAGCAAAGUAUUAUCCAACAGAAACCAAAAUAAGUCAGUUUAUGAACGGGAAUUGCUAGCAAUAGUAAUGGCAUUGAAAAAUGGAGACCUUACCUAUUGGGUAGGAGCUUUGAAAUACACACAGACCAGAAAAGUUUGAAAUUUCUGACAGAGUAACGGUUAAUGGGUGAAGAGCAACAAAAGCGGAUAACAAAGCUGUUGGGAUACAAUUUCAACAUUAAUUAUAAACCGGGUUGGAGAAUAAAGUCGCGGAUGCACUGUCCAGGAAGGCAAGCUAUCAAGCUCUUUCAGUUGUGAGUUUCCAAGAAUGGCAGGGAUUAGAGGAAGAAUUACUGCAGGAUACUAGGUGCAGUCAAUUAAUUAAAAAUUUGGUGUCACAACCCGAAUCCCAACCAGGCUUUAAAUUGAGAAAAAGAUUAAUCUACUACAAAGAUAGGCUCAUGUUACCCAAGAAGUCUGCAAGGAUCACUCAAGUACUGAAAGAAUUUCACGACUCAGCUUGUGGGGGACAUGCAGGCUAUCUCAGAACACUGAAAAGAAUAUCUAGUGUUGUACUGGGAGGGAAUGAGGCAAGAUAUCCAAAAUUAUGUGAAGAGUUGUGAGGUAUAUCAAAGGAACAAGUACCAAGCUCUAAGUCCUGCUGGGUUACUGCAACCUUUGCCUAUACCAAAUCAUAUUUGGACUGAUAUUAGUCUUGAUUUCAUUGUGGGGUUACCCAGUACGAUGGGGAAGGACACCAUACUAGUGGUGGUUGACAUGCUAGCCAAAUAUGCUCAUUUUCUGGCAUUGGGCCAUCCUUAUACCACUAAGAGUGUGGCAGAGAUGUUUAUUCAGGAGGUUGUGAAGCUACAUGGGUUUCCCAGGACCAUCAUAUCAGAUCGUGAUAGUUUAUUCUUAAGUUCAUUUUGGUCUGAACUUUUUAAACUUGCAGGUACCAAACUAAAAUACAGUACCGCCUAUCACCCUCAAACGGAUGGGCAGACUGAAGUGGUUAAUCGUUGCCUUGAAACAUAUCUGAGGUGUAUCACUGGUAGCAGACCUAAGAAGUGGCCCUAGUGGUUACCAUGGGCUGAGUUUUGGUAUAACACAAACUAUCACGCUUCACUGCAGACUUCUCCUUUCAAAGCCUUAUAUGGCCAUGAGCCUCCCGUUUUAAUCUUAGGAGAUGCAACAAGAACAACAGUUGAAGAAGUAACCAAACUCACCGCUGAAAGAAAUGAAAUGAUCAGGGAGUUGAAGCAAAAUCUAGCUAUGGCUCAAAAUAGAAUGAAGCAACAGGCAGAUAAAAACAGAAGGGAUGUUCAGUUGGAAGUUCGAGACAGGGUGUUUCUCAAAAUACAACCAUACAAAAUGAAAAGUCUUGCGAAGAGGCUGAACCAGAAGCUAAGCCCAAGAUUUUAUGGCCCUUUUGAAGUUCUUGACAAAAUAAAUCCAGUGGCUUACAAGUUAAAACUGCCAGAAGAUUGUAAGGUACACUCAGUGUUUCAUGUUUCAUUGUGGAAGAAAAGUGUGGCCCCUAACAUUCCUACUCAACCUCUACCUAGAUGUUUAACUGAGGAUUGGGAACUACAAACACAACCAGAAGAGGUGUUGGCUGCUAGGAAGUCUCUGAAUGGGAGUAAGGAGAUACUAGUUCACUGGAAGGACUUGCCUAGUUUUGAACAUUCUUGGGAAGAGUUGUCUGAGUUUAAAUCAUUGUUUCCCAAUUUUCACCUUAGGGAAAAGGUGAGUUUUGAAGGGGGUAGUGUUAGUAUAUAUGUCCUAGCGACAAUCAUUUUUUUAGAGACAUAUGUACUUGAUCACAUUUAGUUUUUAUAUUUGAUAUAUACACGGUAUUACACUUUAUGAAUGAUUGUUUUCGAUUGUCAAUGUUUUAUUCAUAAUUGUGUUCCCUUGGA